GCGAUUCGCAGGCGUGGACAGAGUCAGUUUUGCCCCUUCUGUCCGUAAGGCAGGUCGAAAGGGGGAGAAAAAGAGUGUAGUCAAAUAAUUUGUGUUCCUACCGGCUGAAAUUUGCACAUAAUUUGUGUUACGUCGAAAGGAUGAACUAGUUUAACUGGUAGUAGUAGUAGAUAGUCAAAAAGAAGGGUGUGAUCCAUUUUUAGGGGUGGGGGGUGGCCAUAGAAAAAGAUAGAACAAGGAGGGAGGAACCAUAGGGAAAACCAUAGGGAAAAACCAUAGGGAUAUAUGUAUAUUUGAAGUGAAGACAAACAGGAGUUAAGGAAGGAAGAGUUUUUUGAGUUAUCAUCAAAAUGGGUACAACAAGUGCUUACACUGAUUCGGAAUGUAUCAGAGAUGAGACCAGAGAUACUUCGAUCGAGGCCUUCUUUGCAGAUUCAGUAAUAUUCGUAACCGGAGCAACUGGUUUUGUCGGAAAAGCUCUCAUAGAAAAACUUUUACGAUCGUGUUCAAGAUUAAGCAAGAUCUAUUUACUGAUUCGUCCAAAAAAGGAUCAAAUAGUUAAAGAAAGAUUUAAGAUGCUCAUGAAUAAUUCGAUUUUCGAUAAAAUUCGUUGUGAACAUCCCGAUUUAAUAAACAAAGUUUAUCCGAUAAAAGGAGAUGUGAGCGAAAGAGACUUGGGUUUGAGUCACGAAGACAAAAUGAAAUUAACUCAAACCGUAAAUAUAGUUUUUCACUGUGCAGCUACCGUGCGUUUUACCGAACCACUCAAAUUAGCCGUAAAGUUGAAUAUUAGAGCAACUGAUAGGAUUUUAGAUUUAUGUAAAUCCAUAACCCGUCUUAAAAGCUUUGUUCAUGUUAGUACAGCUUACAGUAACGCUGAUAAACACGAAGUAAAAGAACACGUUUAUAAAACUAAAAUAACGCCGCAAGUUAUCAUGGAUAUGUGUGAAAAUCUCGAUGAUGAUACAUUAACGGUAUUAGAAACAAAAUUACUUGAGAAACAUCCAAAUACGUAUACACUAACAAAAGGUAUAGCGGAAGAGCUCGUAUCGAAGAAAGGAAUUGAUUUGCCAACUAUAAUAGUUAGACCUAGUAUAAUUUGUGCUGCUUAUCAAGAACCACUUCCAGGAUGGGUAGAUAAUUUAUAUGGUAUUACAGGUAUUAUAACUGAAAUCGGUAGAGGUACCAUUAGGAGUAUAUACGGGGAUAAAAAAUUGAAAAUUGAUGUUGUACCUGUUGAUUAUGUUGUUAAUACGUUGAUAUGUGCAGCUUGGCAUGGUACGGUACAUCGUAACGGUUCAAUUCAAGUUUACAAUUGUACGAGUAGCACUAUCAAUCCUAUUAGUUGGGGAGAUUUUGCUAAACACAUAAGAAAACACGUUAUAGAAUCCCCAUCGAAAUAUGUUAUGUGGUAUCCUAACGUUGCGAUUAGAACCAACAAAUUAAUUCAUAAAAUAAUAGUCGUUAUAUUACACUUUGUACCUGCAUUCUUAUUGGAUGUAUUGUUAAUAUGUCAGGGUAGUAAACCGAUUAUGUUGAACAUGUCGAAACGUAUCGAUCGAGCUGCAAAAAUUGGAUCAUUUUUCGCCUUACACGAAUGGGAUUUUGCUCUAGACAAUAUGAUGGAUUUGAUUAAACAUGUUAAAACUAUGAACGAUUGUAAUCAUUUUCGUGUUGACUUCAAGGAUAUUGAUUGGGAUGCGUAUACGCGUCAAUAUACUUUGGGUAUUAGAAGAUAUAUUUUAAAAGAUCAUCCUGAUUCUUUGAACAAAGCACGAAGUCGACUUUCCAAGUUGUAUUGGCUACGUAAAUUAAUUCAAGCCAUGAGCAUCUUAUUUUUGUACAAAUUGUUAAAAUACGUUGGUUAGGAAAUAUUCUUUUAUGUUUUGCUCAAAAAGCAAACAAAAGAUUGAUUAAACGUCAUUAGGAAGAAUUAUUGUGGCCAAUAAAAUCAUUUAUUAUUUCAUAAUUUUGUUCCUGUAGAUAGUAAAAUCAGCGAUUUAUUGUAACAUAAAUUAUUUAUUGAUGACCAAUUACGAUUUAACGAUUUUUACGCUACAUUACAGACAAGAAAGUAAUAUGAAUAGAGAAACUGUCGAGACUAUAAUAAAAAUAAGAUUUUUCUUUUCUCUACUUAAUCCUUAACGCAACGUCCACAAAUUAUUUAAAUGUACAUACUUCUUUAUAAGAGCAACAAUUACGCUUAAACACUUGAAAAAAAAUGUACAAAUUUGACGUUAGGUAGAGUUCUAUAAAAGAAAAGAAAACAAGAAGAGAUAAAAUAACGAGAGGAGAAAAACAAGACGGACCACCGAUUUUUAAACGUUUCGAUUGUAAUACUUUUCACGCAUAUCGCAUUUAUUGUAAAUUAAUUGAAUGAACUGAUCAGAAAUUUCGCAUAUUUAUUGUAAUUUCACCGUUAUUCUUAUUUAUUAUUUAAACAUUGAUUGUAUUAUAUACGAUGAUAAAUAAAUACAUUUGAAAUACUUUUAAA